AUGAAAAUUGGGCAUUCGUCACUUCGGCGAACUCAAAAUUUUCGUAAACGAGUCAAAAGAUGGGCGCGAAGGCGAAAUCCGGACGCUAAUGCGGUUUUGUUCCAACAAGAAAAAUAUGUUCGAGAACUUCCUGAAGACACGGAGAUCGGCAGCCUUGUAGUUUCUGUAAAAGCUUCCCAUGCUUCAAACCAACCCUUAUAUUAUUCAAUGGUAGCUCCACAAGACUCAAGGUCGCAGAAUAUUUUUACUCUUGACACAAUGAACGGAGAAAUUCGUUUGGCGAAAAGUUUGGACCGAGAAGUUCUUGAUAAGCAUAUACUAAAAGUUACUGCAUAUGAGAGAGUGGAUCCCACAAUCUCUGCAAGUGCCACUGUUGUCGUGCACGUUCAAGACGUUCAGGAUAAUAGUCCAAUUUUCGAAAAGGACUCGUAUUUCGGCGAGAUUCGCGAGGAUGCUCCGAUUGGUACGACCGUUUUAUCCGUUUUUGCAAGAGAUUUGGAUGAUGGUAACAAUGGAGAAGUUGAAUACUCUCUAGGAGACGGAAAUGGGAAAAACUUGCUCUCUAUAAAUUCAAAGUCUGGAGUUAUUCAAACAUCCGCUCCACUUGAUAGAGAAACAUUGUCUCUUAUAAGACUCGAUGUAAUUGCAAGUGAUAAAGGCAUUCCUAAACGUGAUUCGAAAGCAUUGGUAGAGAUUACAGUUAUUGAUGUAAAUGAUAACGCUCCUGUAUUUGAAUCGGAUUCUUAUAAUGUCACAAUUCUGGAGAACGCCACUCUUCCUAUGGUCAUUGCAACAGUGGUUGCACAUGAUCAGGAUUCAGGAAUCAAUGGAAAAGUGCACUAUAGCAUGGCUAUUCCUUCGAGUCACGGGCUUACAAUUGACUACUCCACGGGAGAAGUGACUUUGCGCGAUCGGAUUGACGCCAAAUACUCUCCCAUCACUGCUGUAAUCCGAGCAAAAGAUGGAGCUCAGCCAGCUCUUUCCAGCACCGUCCCGCUCACUAUAAACAUUGUCGACGUGAAUGAUCAUGCACCUACAUUAAUUGCCGCGCAAAAACUAAUUACGCUCGAGGAAAAUGUUGCAAUCGGCGAAGAAGUUGGACGAAUUUCGGCGAUCGACGAGGACUCGGGACCGAACGGAAUCAUUAAGUACAUAUUGAAAGGCUCCGAGGAUUUUGUAAUUGAUGAGGAUAAUGGCGUAAUUCGGACAACGAAAUUGCUCGAUCGUGAGACAGUCGCCAAAUAUGACCUGAUGGUUUCGGCGCAUGAUCUGGGAACUCCUCCAUUGAAUACAACCACCACUAUCACUAUUAUUCUGAAGGAUGUCAAUGAUAAUGCUCCUCUUUUUGAGAAAAGCGAAUAUAAUGUGACGAUUUCGGAGGAGUUACCUCGAGGCAGCCAAAUUUUGAAAUUGAAGGCUACGGAUAAGGAUGAGGACCAGAAAAUUAGCUAUCGGAUUGAGGAAGCUGAUCGCGAUGUGUUCAGCAUUCUUGAAAUUGGAGACCAGGGUGCUAUCUUAAGCAUCUCUGGUGAAUUAAAUCCGCAGGAUCAUAAGGUGCGCCUUGAAUUAUCCGCAACGGAUCAAGGCGGAUUACAAGGCAGAACGACGGUCAACGUGUUUAUUGAUGAUGUCAACUCAGCGCCUUAUUUUACGGACCAUCCAUUUUCCGUGAAAAUUCCAGAACAUUCGCCGAUUGGGUAUCCGGUUAUAACUUUCAAGGCUGAAGAUGAUGACCGUGGCGAGAAUUCCAAAGUGACAUACUCGAUCGAUUCGAGCUUGUUCCAAAUAAAUCCAACUUCCGGCGAAUUGACAGUAGCAGCGGAUUUGGAUCGCGAGGAUCGCGCGACUUAUGUAAUUGGUGUGACGGCAAGUGAUCAUGCCACACCGCCGCUCAAUGUCACAUCUCAAAUCGAAGUGAUUCUCGAUGACGUUAACGACAAUCCGCCACAAUUCACCUCAUCAAGUUACGCUGCAAGUAUCAGUGAAGACAUUCCUGUCGGAACCUCGUUCAUGCAGGUGUCCGCUAUUGAUGCUGACAUUGGAAACAACGGAAUUGUUGAUUAUUUCUUGAAUGAGUCUUCCGCAUCGGCGGCUAUUCAUCUUUUUCGUCUUGAUCGAACCUCUGGCACAUUGCGCGUGAAUUCGAAGCUUGACCGAGAACAGUUUCCAGUAAUUGUGUUGCCAAUAUUUGCAAGGGAUCGCGGCAAUCCGCCACUAGCUUCUGCUUCUGAAAUCACACUUACGCUGACGGACAUAAACGACAAUGCUCCGAGUUUUGAGCAAGCUUCAUAUGACUUGUAUAUUGCUGAGAAUUCACCGGUGGGAAGCACUGUGGGAACGAUCGUUGCGCGGGAUCCGGACGAAGGCGAAAAUGCUGACAUUUCGUUUCGAAUUUUCGGCGGUUCUGACGCGAAACUCUUUGACAUCGAAGAAGAUUCUGAACAAAAUGGCGUUGUUCGUUUACUGAGUCGAAUAGAAUUUGACUAUGAGGCAAAAACGAACAAGUUUUUCCUUGAACUUCAAGCGAGCAGUGGUCAGUUGUCUUCUACAGUGCCUGUCAGGAUUCACGUCUCUGAUGUCAACGACAACAAGCCGGUUCUAAAAGAUUUCAUUAUUCUUAUCAAUCGCUAUGAGAAUAUCCCGAUUCCUCGUCAAAUUGGUUUCAUUCCAGCAUACGAUCCUGACCAAAACGCGACUCUGGAAUAUUUCCUCGAGGAAAAUGAUCUCAUUGAAAUUGACAAAUACACCGGCAAAAUUUUAGUGAAACAGGAGUGGAAGCGAAAUAUUGAUUUGCGUUUUAAAUCUUGCGUCACAGACGGAGCCAACACCGAAUGCGCUACAUGCAGAUUUAUUCAUGUUUUAAUUGAUACCGAAUGGCUUUUCGAGAGUUUCACCUUGGCAUUGGGUCGAAUGACUAUUGAUGAUUUCUGGGAUCCCCAGGUGUUUCAACGUUUCCGCGAUGCAAUCAGCACACUGGGAAACUGGAGAGCUUCGGAUGUUAAUGUGAUCAGCGCGAAGCAAUACGCUAGCGAUGUUGUUCAUGUGAGCAUAGCAAUUACCGAGCAUGGAAAAGUAGUCAGGGGAUGGCAUGCCGUCGAAUUGGUAAAGGAGUCGAUCAAAAAGUUGGAGCAGAUGACACUGCUUCAAAUGAAGGUCAUUGAUGAUGAGUCAUGCGCGAAUGAGCCGUGCUCGUAUAUGGCAAAAUGCCGGCAAACACAGAAAUUUGUUGGUGAUUUGACAUCUCACGAAACCGACAAUUUCAUCGCUCGAACGCUUAACACAGUGAACACGUUUGUCUGCGAAUGUCCGCCCGGGUUUACAAGCUCAGAUUCCAGUGGGAAGUGCGAUACUCGAUUAGAUGAAUGCUAUCGGGGCUUGUGCGCGAACAAUUCGACCUGUGUUUCUUAUGAAAACAAAUAUCGCUGUGAAUGCCAGCCUGGUUGGAUAGGAAGGCAUUGUGAAAUUUCGAUUCACGCACUCACAUGCGUUCCCGGCUAUUGUGAGUCGGAUUCGGUGUGCGAAUUAGAAAACAAUGAGAUGCGAUGUCGGCAUUGCAAGUUCAACAAGGAUGACACUGAUGAACGCUGCCGUCUUCGGAGUAUCUCGUUCGACGGCGACGGCCUUCUUAAUACAAAUGUCGAUAUUCCACGAACCCAAUGGACCAUCAAGUUUAGGGUUGCGACAAUUGCACACAAUGGUGUUUUACUCUUCACUGGCGACAAAAAAAGCGAUUUCGUUGAAUUGUCGCUGAGUGAUCGGGUUUUCAAGAUUGAAUUCUCGUUGGGAGGUGAAAAAGCGGAGGCGAAAUUGGAAAAUGACAUCGAAAACCGGGUAAAUGAUGGAGAAUGGCACACGGUUGUUAUGGAAUAUUCGAACCAUGAAAUCAUCAUAUCCAUGGAUGAUUGCGAGACGUACCCAUCCCUUCAACUCAACAUCUCUCCAAACUGCGCGGCUCGAGCCAAAAUCAAUUUGGAUAGAAAAUGCCAAGAUCCAACAGUGCCUUGCUAUAGGUUCCUCGACGUGUCCAAUGGAAUAUUCCUUGGAGGGCGUCCAGGAUCGACAAAGCAUGUUGAACGAGCAUUCAGUGGAUGUAUCUCGGAUUUGACACUUGACGCUGAACCCAUAUAUUUUUCGAAUAUUCGAGAAAUGCACAGAAUUGGGCAAGUUCAUGAAGGGUGUAAUCCAAAACGGGAUUACUGUAAACAUUCAAUCACUUGUCCAAUGACCUCUAAAUGCGCGAAUCGAUGGGGUGGAAAAGUGUGCUCUUGUCCACAUGCGACGCAUUCCAAAGUGGAUUGUAUGGCGAAUGGUGUAACCCAAAAUGAAAUGCGUGGAUUGUCGCUCUUCGAAGAUGAAUCGUUUGUUCUUUAUCAGCCCAGUGGAAUUCAAGUACCUUUCGAAGUGGAAUUUGAGUUCCGAACAUCUCGAACCGACAUGCAAGUGAUUGCUAUGGAGUUUACACAACGAAGUAUUCAUUACAACUUAGAGAUUGACGAUGGAAUAAUGCAAUUCUCAAUUGGCGAUUCUACUACUGAUAUCUUAACACCACAUAUUUCGUCGAAGCAUUUCAUUCAUGUAUUGAUCAAGUUUGACGUCGAAUCUAUCGCCACUACAAUUGAUGGAAUAUACUCUGCUGAACGAAAAACGAUGAUUGCUGACGGAACCUUGGAAAAUAUUUACUUUGGAAUUGCGCCAGGGACCGGACAUCCUUUCAGAUUCGAAGGCUGUUUGAGAAAUGUGAAAGUGAACUCGAAGCCAAUUGCACACAAGAAAAAGGGAAAGACUCGUUCCGGUUGUGUUGUACCUAAUAGAUGCACUGUGGAUUCAGUGUGUCCGAUAGAUAGCUCGUGCCAUCGAUUAUGGAACAAACACAAGUGCAAAUGUCAUAAGGGCUUUAUUGGAGACACUUGUCUUUCGAUAUGUUCGGUGAAAAAUGUUUGUGGGUCACCUGCGGCAACUUGUGUUCCAUCAAACUCCACCACAGGAUACGAGUGCGUGUGUCCCUAUGGUUCAACCGGAAAGAAUUGCCAAUUCAAAGCUCCUCGCCAAAUGUGUCCGCGAGGAUGGUGGGGCACAUUUCCGAAAUGCAAACGAUGCUCCUGUUCGAGUUCAAAAGGGUAUGAACCCCAAUGCGAUCACAACACUGGCGCAUGUUUGUGCAAAAAGUCACACUAUUCCACAAUCAAUGGAUGUGUUAAAUGUGAAUGCGGAAUUGGAGCCAACUCAACAGAAUGUGACGCUGAAGGAUAUUGUCAAUGCGAAGGUGAUGCUGUUGGACGACGGUGCGAUAGAUGCUCACGUUUCGAUCAUUUAUUGGAUCCGAAAACAUUGAAAUGCCGUCAGAUUCCCGGAAAAUGCCCGUCGGAAAUCGAAUACAGCAUCCAAUGGCCAACCAGUUUAAAGGGUUCCAUAAUUCGGCAAUCUUGCCCAGCUGGCGAGUCGGGUCUCGCAACUCGCAAAUGCCAAGAAAAUGGAAGAUGGUCAGAUGUAAAUUCGUGGAACUGCACGAGGCCGGAAUAUUCGAUUAUGGUCAACAAGUUUGAUAUACUGGAUUCAUCGAAACUUUUGGAUAUGGUCAGCAAUGCUACAACAAAUGAGGCAACGUUGAGAGGAAGGAAUCAACAAAUCGCAGCGGAAGCGAUUUCAAGAAUUGUGGAUAUUGAGAAUGAGCUACCUGUCAAGUCAAAGUCUCAUGUUAGAGAUACAAGAUUCACUGAUGAACUUGUCGAAGACCUUGGCAAAGUUAUGGCUGAGCAUCCAAUAGAAGAUUAUGGGACAAUGAUUGAGAAAUUAUGGAUUUAUUCGAACAAUAUUGCAAAAAUUCACGAGAACAUCCCAUUUUUGCCGCCAUUUUUUAUCGCGAAUGAUCAUAUUGUGUUUUCUUUCGAUAAACUGGAUUUCGGGAACAUUAUUCCAAAAUUUAACAAUUUUGUCAACUCGGUUCCAACUGGAUUCCCUAUGCUGAAAAUAAUGGUAACUGGAACGACGCAACUCGUCUAUUCGAUUGUACCGUACCCACGGUGCAAACGUUGUGAGAACCCGAUGGCCGUUGUAAUUGCGAAUACUACCGACCCACUAUUGAUCGAGUUUUCUAUUGACGAAGAUGAUGAAUGGAAAUAUCCGGAAUGCGUCAAGUUUGAUCUCAAAUCAGGGCAUUGGUCAACUCGUGGAAGCAGUUUAAUUGGGUUGAACUUGACACAUGCAACAUGCGAAUUCAUUGGAAGUGGCAUAUUUUCGAUGUUCGUAAACGAUCAGAAUGAGACUAUUGUUCGAAUUGCGAACAUGGACCGCACUUUGCCGUCGGUUCUAGCCGGUACUGCGAUAUUAUUAUGCUUAAGCUCAAUAAUCAUGACCUUGUGUCGUCGGAAAAUGAGGAAUCAAACCGUCAGAGUCGGAUUCAUUUUCUUCUUCACCCUCAAUCUUCUAAACUUAUUCUUCAUCCACAAAACCGCCAUCAAUCAAGCCUUCUGCCCCGUGCGAAACGCAAUUCUCUCGUUUUCUACGUGCGCACCGUUCGCGUGGUUAUUCUUGUACAGCCUUCAUAUUUACAAGAUGCUCGCUGAUGGGUCGGUUUCACCAAAUCUGACCACGAGUCUCCUCAUUGGAAUGGUGUUCCCUUCACUGAUCGCAUUCACGACAUUCCUAUUCACUGACCAAUGUUCACUGUCGCCGAAUCUUUGGCUUUUCUGGUUCAUUGUUCUUAGUAUGGGAUUGUUCUUAUUGCUUUCGUUCUACGCGGCGACCACGACAGUUCUCGUUUCCCUCCACAAAAAGUACGAUGUUUUCGUGGCGAAACAUAAUGUGAAACGAGCAGUACUCCAACAUUUCGUUUUAACUGUCUUUACCCUUGCCGCCACCAUGAUAGGAUUGUUCUCCAACUAUUUACCAGUAGAAUCUGAACUUCUGGAAACCGGACAGUCUGUUGCGUUCCUCAUUGGGGCCAUUGUUAUAUUUUUGUGGAGCAUUUGCGAUAUUGGAAUGAAUAAUUCAAAUGUUAAUGAUAAUUUGUGGCUGGAAACUCAAAAAAGCGUUCUUGUUGAAUCCACUAGCGCUGAUCCUCAAUGCGCAUCACCACUUCUACCUCGACAAGAUACCGAAUGGAUUCCCGAUGUGAUACCAAAUGAAAACGCAACUAUUUCUCCAUCCCAAUGCUUGAUCGCGAACCGAGAAGUACUUAGUCACAUUCUUUCUCCGGCUGAUAAAAUAUUAAACGAUGGUGUUGGUCAUAUUUAUGGUAAUAAUAUGGGAAGUCUACCUCGAUUCCGCAGCUCUCAGGAUGAAGCUGACGACGCUUAUUACACCUAUUCUGCAUCUCGAAGAUACAAGCCAACAACUUUUAAUAGAGAUUAG